AUGAGCACCCUUGAUCUCAACUACUUCACAUGUACCCUUGGAGAAGCAGCGCAAUGGAAGGCUUUAUCCCCAAACCGACGACAGUCGUUCAAAUCGGUACUAGACAUGAUCGACCAGCAGGCCAAAGAGAUUCCCGAAUUACCGGCAUUGGGAUUCGCUGACUUUUCCUCUGAUAAUAUUCGUAUUGAGCCUACUCAAGUCACUUUCAGCGAGUUACGGAACCUAUCGUUGCAGGCAGCAAAUACCCUAUCAACUACUAUGGAUAAAGGGAGACGGAUGAGAGAUUCGCCUGAAACUGUCGCUCUCAUCUGCAAAACCAGUCUUGACUUCAUCUUAACGUGGCUGGGUCUCACGCGUCUUGGCUAUGUUGUGCUCUUUAUCGCGCCACAACUAGACUCUCGAGCUAUCCGCUACCUCUGCGAGAAGUCACGAGUUAAAACACUUGUCGUUCAACCAUCACUAAGUACUAUGGUGAAGGACCUCAAGGCAAAAAUCAAUGUCCUUGAGAUCCCACCCUACUCAUACAACCAGGCAGCAGAACCCAAGCUGCUACAUAACGCAUCAUACUCUAACACAUCUCACAUCUUUCACUCAUCGGGCACAUCUUCAGGUCUGCCAAAACCUCUCCCACAAAGUCAACACUGCGCUGUUGGCGCCCUCCCUCGCCUCCCUGGUACGAACAAACCUGCGACAUUUACCACAACACCACUGUAUCACGGCGGCCUCGCGGACUGCCUUAGGUCCUGGUCAAGCGAUGCAAUGAUUUGGCUCUUUCCCGAGUCAAUAAUGCCAAUCACGGGGUCCAACAUCGUGACAGCACUCCACUUCUCACAAAAACACAGCUCCAUGGGGGACGUCAAGUACUUCUCUUCUGUACCAUCCGUGCUACAGAUGAUGAUGGAACAGGGAACGGAUGGACUAGAACUCUUAAGAAGCAUGGAACUGGUAGGCUUUGGCGGGGCCGCGUUACCUAUUUCUAUAGGCAACGAAUUGGUGAGCCAAGGUGUGCGGCUCGUAUCGCGCAUGGGCAGCGCUGAGUGCGGGUUUCUACUGUGCUCCGCCCGUCACAAUUACGACAAAGAUAAAGAGUGGCAGUUUUUGCGGUGCAAGGUUGAUGACGAUAUGAUGGCCUUCGAACAACGGGGCCAGGGGCUUUUUGAACUGAUCGUGAAGCCUGGAUGGCCGCUCAGGGAGCAUUCUAAUCGGUCCGACGGGUCGUUUGCUACAGCUGAUUUGUUUGAGCAACAUCCUUCGAUUCGGAACGCAUGGCGUUAUCACUCGCGGGCUGAUGCGCAGAUCGCUCUUGAUAAUGGCAAGAAGUUCGAUCCGUCACCCAUCGAGGACACUAUCCUAGCGGAAGCCUCAUCCUUGCUGGACGGCGUUUUGGUGUUCGGUGCUGGGCGUACCUAUCCCGGCGCUCUACUCCUCAGCAAAGAAGGCUGCGACGACGAUGGUGCCGUUGUUAAUGCUGUAUGGCCAAGCGUGGAAAAGGUCAACGAGGCAUCACCGAGUCAUGCGAGAAUAUCGAGGGCGAUGCUUGUUGUAGUGCCCAACACGAACGGACCCCCGCCACUGGAAAAGAGCAGUAAGGGUACAAUCAUGCGCGGUAAGGCGGAGAAGCGAUACGCCCAAUAUAUAGAAGACGCAUAUACACCUGCGGCAACAGCCGAAAAAACGAACUGCGUGAGAAUGGAAGACAUUCCAGGCGCCGUGUUCCAAAGUUUCACUCAGGUAUUGGGUCGAGAACUGGAUCCUGACAAAGACCUAUACCUUCAAGGUGUCGACUCAAUGACAUGCAAUCAUGUCCGGCGGCUGAUAGAAGCAGAGAUUAUGCCCUCCAACAGCAACAAGUUGCCCAUGAACGUAAUCUAUGACAACGGCAGCAUUAACAAGCUAGGCAGGUUUCUUCAGGGCCUCAUAGCCGGGUCUCCCCUUGCAACAUUACACGAUGAUGCAAAUGUCGACUUGAUGCGAGAGCUCGCUGCCAAGUACUCAAGAUUCGGAAGCGAUAAACGUAAAGGCCGAGGCAAUCACCGCGAGACAGAGGUUAUCGUGCUGACAGGCGCGACGGGAAUGUUGGGUGCACACAUUCUGCAUGAACUUUUAUCCGACAGCAGAGUGAGCACAACCUUCUGCCUUGUACGCGCCAAGGACCCUGAGACGGCUACAGAACGAAUUCAAGAUUCUCUCCUUCGACGAGGCUUCCCAAAUUCGCAGAUCCGAGCUGACCAGGUAGUCUGCGUGCCCUGCGACCUGAGCCGCCCAGAUCUCGGGCUUUCCAAUCUUCAUCGACAGCGUUUGACCCAUGCAGCGACCAUGUAUAUACACGCAGCGUGGCCUGUCAACUUCAGCCUGCGUCUGACAUCUUUCGAGAGCCAGCUAGAAGCCUUGUAUAAUCUUCUAAAGAUGGCUGCCACCAACGAGGCGCGGUUUCAUUUUAUCAGUUCCACGGCAUCCGUAGUGCAAUCACACCACAACCUGAUUCCGGAGGAACCAUCAUUUCACCCGCGAGAUGCAGGGCCACUAGGUUACGCUCAAUCCAAAUGGGUUGCAGAACAGAUUUGUGCCGCGGCACACACAAGUUUUAGCAACGUUGGCAUUAUCAGAGUCGGCCAGCUCUGUGGCAAUAAGAAAGGCAUAUGGAAUAUGAGCGAGGCAUGGCCAUUAAUGCUGUCAACUGCAAAGCUGACUAGUUGCCUGCCGGAUCUGCAAGAUGAGGUGCUAGGCUGGUUCCCCGUCGAUCAGGCGGCAGGCGCUAUACUGGAUAUCAUAAUACCAAAUGAAACGAUAGCAACUGCAACAAAGCAGGAUAUAAAGGUCUUCCAUGUGCACAACGCGCAUAGAACACCAACCUGGAGCCAGAUGCUUCAGUGGAUUAAGGAGAAUGAGCCGUCGCUAAAGCUCGAAAUUGUGCCGCCCCUGACUUGGACGAUGAGAUUGGAAGAGGUUUUGGGGGAAACUGGUCAUCCCUCCAAAGGAUUAUUAUACUUUUGGAAGGAUAGGUACGCGGAGCGGAUAAGGGAUAGAGGCGUGUCCGAAAAGGUGGUAAAUCCAUCUUUCGGCGUCGUCGAAGCUGAGAAGGCAUCUGCGGCUGUCCGCAAUUUGAGUCCGUUAGACAAAGAGGCUGUAAUGCGGAUGUGUACUUGGAUAUUCAAUAAAUAA